GUAACCAAACGGGCUUAAGGAGUGUCUGGCGGUUCUGGAAAGGGAGAGCCAUCGGUAAGACAAGAAAACCCAUUUCUUCUCGGUCACUCCGACAACUCAACCGGCUCGGCGGAAGUCUCAGAAAUGCUGCCGAUCAUCGCCUUCCUCCUCUUCCUCCGUCUCCUCUCCGUCGCGACACUCUCCAGCUCCGCCCCAAUUCUAGGACUGGACUCCUUUCUCACCCAACAAUCACGGGUUGACCCGCAAGCCUCUAAUGAUUCCUUCCUCUCUCUGCCUUCCUAUCUGAAAAAAACUCUUUCCCAAACCCCGGCUCAACAGUCGGUCUCCAUCGCCGCCCUCCUUUCUCUGCAAGUUUCCGUCCCAAUCACCGUCAAGCUGGUUGGGAGUAACUUCGCCUCUUCCGCUCCAGACAUCCUCUCCUCCUUCAUCCUCUCCGCCGUCUCCUUCGACCACUACCAUGUCAUCUCUCCUUUCACCACCCACCCCACUCAUCACCUCUCGGUCUCCCAUUCUCUCCACCCGGAAGUCACUCUGGCCCCUGCUUCCCUCGCUUCCCGUCUCUCAGAAAGCUUGAAAUCCCAGCUCGCCUCCACUGCUUCCAGUUUCCGAUCCCAUCUCGCCUCCGUUCCUUACUCCACCGUUGACCAAAUUAUCAAAGAGGAUUUCGAAAAUGAGAAGCCAAUUAACGGGAUUUACAUCUACAUCCUCAAUUUGGGCACCCAGUCGAAGCCUUACGCGUAUAGCUACACUCAUGGAGAUCCGUCUCCCGCCAUUACCAAGUGCUUAGGCACUAUUUGGACAGGGGAAGACCGGUACAUCUGGAUCGAUUUAGGGGCUGGUCCGGUGGAGUACGGUCCAGCGCUUUCGGGUGAUGGACUUAUGCCGAGAGGCGAGUUUCAUCCGUUGGCAUCUAUUCACGGCCGCCCCAAGUCUCAAAAGACUAUUCUCUCUGAUUUGGCUUCAUUGGUUUGGAGUGCUUACCAGGUACUUCUUGUCCCUUCAUUGAGAAUCCCUGUCCCUUUAGAAUACUCAUUGAUAGUUGAGUUCAUACAUAUAAAUGGUUCUCCUGAUAACAAAGACAGCAGUGGACUAGAUUGGAAAUCAAUAGAGAAGACCUUCAUGGAUGAAGUGUAUGGUAAGGGAUUAUUGUUAGGCGAUCAAUCUUUAAGCUUUAAGAAGUAUGAGGUGAAUUUAGCUGAGUGUGCCAUAUGCUCCUUUGCCAUUUCUAGGGCAACUACUUCUUACACUUCCCGAUAUUUAUUUGACAACUACACACUGAUUGUUAGUGAGUACCUGGACUCGAAACACUUACACCGGACUUUGUCAGAAUCCGCGGGAGAGUUUAGGCGGCUGGCAAAGCUUCCUGAAGAGGAAGACUUUGGGAGGGUUCUUCCGGUCUAUGUUUUUGAUUUGGAUGUCAAUAUGAUUUUGCUGCUCGACCGUUAUCAUCAGACUGUUGCCUUUAAAGACAUGGUUAUUGCUGUCAGGACCAAGAGUUCCCAGGCAGUCAGUGAUUAUACUUGUAAUGGGCGUCAUGUUUUUACCCAGACUCGCGAACUGGAGAGGCCUCUUGUGGGUUCCAUUUUACAGAGCAUGUGGGGAGUCUCACCUACACAUUUGCUUUGGAGCCCCAAGCACAACACUACUCUUGUAGAUUAUACAUGGAGUGUGGGAAAUACACCCUUUGGUCCAUUUUCAGAAAUUUCAUCACUGUCUUUUGUACAGAAGGAUGCUGCUAGAAGGAAUGUUCUCUUGACUUCAUUGAACUUUAGUCUCACUAGUGCUAUUGAUGUGAUUGAGUCCAUUACUGCACAUGGUGGGGAGAGAAAACUCCUCAAGCAUAAUCAGCUUCCUGAGUUCAUCCAGAGGUGGAAUAUGUUCAAGUACAAACUCGAUAAGGCAGUUUCUGCUUUGUCACAUUUUGAUUAUGAGAUGGCAUUGUAUUACCUAAGGUCAUCAGAUCAUGAUCUGUAUGCUGUUCACUCUCUUAUUUAUCAAGCUUCUCAAGAUUUGGAGGCAUCACUUGUCUGCUUCAAGGAUCCACCGUUCCCAUGGAUGUCAGUUUCAAUGUCUGCUGGUGUUUUAAUUGGUCUUCUCUAUAUCUUUGCAAAGAGGGAAAACUUGUUUCGGAACAAGAGAAAACAGUUUUGAAAUCUUUAGAGCAUUAGAUUUUAUUAGGUUUGAAUUGAUAUAACAACACCUUGUAUGAAAUCUUUGGACUUCAGAAGUUGGAGAGUGGUACCUUGGUUUUCACUAGCUUUGCUCCUUGUAUAUGUUAAUAUCUGCUUGUCAUAGAUAUGGAAGUUUCUGACACUGCUUUGCUCCUUGUAAUCCGCACGAUGCAAUACUAGAGGCCUUUUUUACUUGAAGAUGUUUUGAAUCGAAGAUACACUCCCACAGAACAGCAUGUAUGUUUAAUGCCUAUAUAUUAUGUUCACAUUUCAGAAAUGGAAAAAUUCAC